AUGUCACAAAAGAGGAUGAGUCUCACAAGAACAUUGCCUGAUGAUAUCGUGGAGCACAUCAUGAGCAGUUUCCUCCCGAUCAAAAAUGCUCUCAAAAGCCGUCUCGUAUCCAAAAGAUUCAGGCACGCGCCUGUUCAAUCGAGAAACCUCGACUUCAGCUCCGUGAGAGGCACCCAAUUCAAGGUGGUACGAAUCAUCGAAGAAGUUUUUGAGCAGCACAAAGGAGUAGAGAUCAACCGGCUAGCUCUUAAUCUAAAUCACAAGGGCGUGGAGGAUAAGAUAUUAGCGUGGAUCCAAACGUGUCUUAACAAAAACAUUCAGGAGCUGGAGUUGGAUUUUUCCAAAUCCAAGAAAUCUUUGGAAAUCCCGGUGGAUUUCUCGGCCGUCCAGACGCUCACGGUGUUGAAGCUGCGAUGGUGCAAGUUUGACAUCCCCAACAACUCCCCAACGGGUCUAAAGUUGUUGAGGACGCUUGCACUGAUGAAGACGAAGGUGAAGAAAGAGAUGCUUGAUGCAAUCUUUGUGAACUGCAUCCACCUUGAAAUCCUUGAGCUAGUCAGCUGCCAAUUGUACGGGAUCUUGAGCAUCAACGCUCAAGGUAAUCAGAAGUUCAAGACGUUGGUCAUGUAUUCUAAUCCGAAAAUUCGAAAAUUUUUGUUGAACGCUCCAACACUGGAAUGCUUCAAGUAUGAUGGAGCUGUCAGGAUGGUUGAUUUCUCGGGAGUGAAUGCAGUUAAAGAGGUAAAUCUUCUUUACCGUCAUACUUACCAACGGAAAUUUGACAAUAUGUAUGACAUCGCGAUCGAGAACAUGGAAGGCUAUACACAAGUUCAUGUCCUCGCAACGACACAAAUCUUUCUUGAGUCAUCGACAAUAUCUACUUAG